UGCUGACACGGAGCGUCGUUCCCCAGGGUGCCGUCCAAGCGAUCCUGCCCGCACCGAGAAGUCACCGUCCCAUGUCGUCACAGCGCGCCGUCGUCUCCCGAAAUGGCCCGAACCCACGGCGAGUGCCGCGGGGUCGAAUCAAUAGACACGCCGGCGGGCCGCCGCUGACCGGCUGCUGGCCCUCCUUUGCCUGCCUGUUGGCGGCAGCGAGAGCCAUUGCGGACGAGCCACUUCUCUAUGGCGGUGAUGGACGCCUCGGGAUCACGAAAGGCGCCCAUAAGUCCCCGCAACGACGACUGCGGCACCGUUGCGGUGACCUACGAGUGUUUGGAUCAGCUAGAGCUUGGCGUCCCUUCAAGAAACGGAACUCGAAUAUUGCACCCUACAGAAUGUCCUGGCAUGCUGGGGCACUACUCGGAGGCCCGGGCCUACGGCAGUCGGGACGAGGAGGCGCAGCAGCACGCCGAUGUCUUCCUCGACUUUGACGACGACCCCGUGAGCAAGGAGGCCAUUCAACACGACUGGAGCGGUAUGCUCUUCUCACAGGAAGAGAACCCCUUCGUCGACGAAGACAACGAUUUUAUUCUCAUCGCCGAGUGCAACGAAGUCCACGGACCGAUGCCACUCGUAACCAUACCUCACAACAUAGGAGACAGGGUGGAGAGCAUAGACAUCAACUCAUUAGUAAUCAGCAUACUCUCUGUUGACUAUCAGCAAGUAGGAGCCUCAUCAACAUUCCCCAAGCUGGACAGUCAAAUCCUGAUGCCAAGUAUACGAGAUGAUCUGCACAUACUUGUCAACUACUCUGUCAUGUUGGAUCCCAAAGCAAGGGGUUUUGUUCGUCCCAUGUGCAUUGCCUAUGCUUCAUCCGACAAGGGAAAAUUGGUCAAAAAUGCACGCUACAUUCGAUCUGCACUGAUUGAGGCAUCUUUAGCACUGAAGUUAUUCAACAUCAAGUAUUUUGUCCAAGGAAUCAGAAAUCAUCUCAAGGAUGUCAAGUACACUAGAAGAUUAAACGUUGGAUGUGGCCAGCGCUUGGACACGUUGAAUGGAGCGUCAAUCUCUGAGGCAAGCUUUCACGAGUCGCUCAACAAAUAUGAAGACAUGCUUGAAUCUGCACUUCAAGAAAUAGAGGACUCCCUGGCUGCUGGCUGCCCAUUUGAUGCUGACCAUGCUCGCCUCAUCAAGUACCAGGCCAAGGACUUGGUGCGUCACCUGCUAAACCUGCCAAGGCUGAGCCCCGAGCUGGAGCGAUUCCUCCAGUUUGCCACUGAAAAAGCACAGCUUCAUGAGCCCAGGGAGCUGAAGAUACCAUUUCAGAGGGACUACGAACAUGGCCUGGUGCCAUUGCGGGACAUCUGGAAGAAAGGCUUCAUCCUCUGCAUCUACUGGCUAUACGUCACAUACAAGUUUUUCAGGAGGAGAGCAGAGAGUGUGGCAGUCUGUCUACAGCAGGAAAAACCAUUGUCUUCGUUACGCUAUGGUGCCUGCCUGAGGUCAACGGACUCCACAAGGGCAUCAGCCUCUAGUCUUGUUUCAAAUGGCAACAUGUCAUCCCAUGACAGGUGCUCAAGGUCUAGUCAGCCAAUGUGUAUCUACUACCGCCUUGCUCAUCCUGAGUGCCUCCCAUUCGACAAAACAGCCAAUGGCUUGUGGGACGUGGACAGUGGAUUUCUCGACUGCUUCUCUCAUCUCCAUCUCGACAAAUGUGCAGUCGAAAGAGAAAAGGAGAAUGGAAGCGUUAACCACUCCAUGGCAAGCAUGCCACUGCCUGAGGAACUAUACAACAGGUUUGAAGCUGAAAACAGGAGAAUGAGUGAGUCUGAGAAAGGCAGCUCUCUGAUGGAGGCUUAUUGCAAGACAAAGACAGCAGCAACCUCAUGGAGGUUUUGGCAUAUCAGACAAACGAGCCCCAAAGAUGCUGCAGGGCAGAGAUCACCGAAAAUACGGACUAUGUGGAAAGAGCAGCUACUGCGGCAGAGGAGAAACAGCGGAAGCAGCAACAACAGCGAGGAACAUGAGAAGGUGCAAGGGCCAGAAAUGUGCAUGUGGGAAAGAAGCUACUGGAUCAGGGAUGAAGAAGGCACUGACCCUGCAGAUUGCUCCAGGCAUGGGCUAACGCUGGAAAAGCAGUGGGAUGCUAUGCAGACUUGCGUGCAUGAUGGUUCUGAAGCAAUAUUCCUUCAAGUGCUGAACAGACGGGUCAAAGUGGAGGACAUCCUCUACUCGUUGCUGAUUGGCCGGCCAAUAGUUGUGGUGGGCAGGCCUCUCAGUGCACAUGAGGUUGCUGCCAGUGCCAAGGUUCUGGCUCUCUUCGCACCUCGGCGGUUCGGUGAUUUCCUGUGGUUUGAGGACCAGAGGUUUGAUUCACUGGACAACUCGUGCUUAAAUAAUGCAGCAGUAAUUGGUUAUGUUGACGAGCAUCGGACCAAAGACUUCGGGCUGCCGUCUUCAGUCAGGAAAAAGGCUUCUGUGCUCAAUGUUGAAACUAGCGACUUCACUGGUCCUUGUUAUGGUGGUGCCCUCCUUAAGCAGACAAGCCAGAGAAUACGACUGCUUGAAGAAAAUGAAGCCCUACUAGCUGUGAUCUCAAGCGUGCUUGCAGAUGUUGAGUAUGUGGCUCACACGUGGGUCCUGUUGACAGCCAGUGCCCGUAAAACAGAAUCCAAGGCGUUUGCGAAGCAGAAGCAGUUCACCAACUGUGACAUGGCCAUACUGAAGCAUUACGAGAAGCUAAUGAGUGACGUCCAAACGAAGAAAUGAUUGUCACAUGUUCGACAUUCCACCAAAGAGCACCUGUAUAAAGUAUAGAUGGGUAACAUAGACUGUGAUACUAGCUACAUAAAGAAAAAAAUUGUGCGCCGACACUGUACAAGACACCAAAUGCCUCAUUAAAGCCACUAAGGACAUCUUGCAGGGUUUUGGAACCUUUGUUGCUACUUUUGUUGACCAUGGUGAAAGAAUGGUGUGGGUAAGCUGUUCCAUUGACCACAUUUGUGUAUUCCAUUGUUUUAGCACGUACGGAAGCUUAAAAUAAGAUCAAACUCACUUCAUAAUGAUUACUAGGAACUAGCUUGCAAGCUCAGUUGCAGAAUUUCUGUGGCCAAUGGUGGAGGACGUCUUUAUCAUUGUGCAAUGUGCUUAUGCUUUCUAAAUUUGCAUGGCAUGACUGUUUUAGCAAUGUAUAAGACGUUUUAUGCAUUGUUCUAACGGGAAAGCGUAAUCAAUUGCUUCAUUUCUUGUAUGUGAAGCAGUAAUAUAAUUCUACAGCUUGUGCAUAUUAAUGGACCUGAUUGGACUUAAAUCUUACACAUGCUUAAUAUGUAAUUUAAACAGCAUGAUCUUGCUGUUAUGACACCUAACUGCCUAUAUAGUGAUGUACACAGCAUUGCUUGAAUGGUACUACUUUUAUUUCACUUUACCUGGACAUAAGAAUAACUGAGAGGAGGAAUCAGUUGAAGCCUAAGCCUAAUGCUGACAAUAUUUUAUUCAAACAUGACAUGACAUAAGUUUUGGUGCGAUCAUUUUAAAACGUUCAAUGCAUUGAAUUUCAUAUAAGUGCUCAGACAAGUAAAAUCACGGAAACCUGAUAUUAUGUACGUAAAUAUUCUGCGCACAUAUAAUGACAGUGCGCAUUCAAAAAUAAUACCUGCCUGGUGAUUAAAGCAGUUUCAAAAGAUUAUUUUGCACUGUUUCAAUGUUAUGGUGCAAAAUCUUAUGGAGUUUCUUUUGCCGCAAAAGUCACUAUGCAUAUUAGCAACCAAAGUCGCAUCAACACCAUGUACUUUUUCUAUGGCCGUGCUUUUUGUUUGAACCCGACUCUCUUUGUUUUUGUUGUUUUUUUAAUGCGUGUGAACGCCCAGCUUUACAAAAUUUAUUGUCUUCAUUCUGCUUUAUUACAUGUUCUCGAUGAACACCUUUCAAGUUGUGUAAUCCUGGUUCCUUCUGGAUGUGUGUGGAGCUGGCAUGGCCAUAUUUGCAAUGGGCAGUAGAGUUCACUGUUAAAACGAACACAAAACUAUUAUACUGCUACUCAUUACAGCUCAAUUUUUACAUGAAGGCCUUGGCAAUACCUUUUUACAAAUACAGGUUUACCUAAUGCAUCAAAUCAAGCACUUUUCUUUUCAAUGCAGUUGUAUUGUUACGGUAAUGCUGGGAGUAUAGACGGACUGUAUUUACAAGAUAUAUACAAGCAGAAUCAAUGUGGUUAAGAUGGCUGAAGAGCAACAGCAUGCAGCAGGCAGCGUCUUGCGAUCUUCUUCUUCCUUUCUCUUCUUUUAUCCUUUCAUAACAGAAUGUUCAAAAUGUGAUGAUUUGAGUGCAUAUUACAAAGUGUUUUAUUUAAGAGUGACUGUACCACACAUAGAACUGUUUGGUAGAAAUGAACUGCGGAUGAAAUGACAGAAGGGUAAACAAAGUAAUGCUUCUGUUGGGUGGGUCUUUUGCACGCACUGCAAUGCACACAUCUUUGUAUGUUUGCAGUAUAAUUGUUGUGCACCUCGCUUUUUGUUCAUCAACUUUUAAUGUGUCAAAGGCAUCCUAGUGCCACCAGCAGCCCUGGCAACUUAGUGAGUAUGCUGCUUGUACAUACCUACACUGCACACACAUCUCUGUUGCAACAAACAAAUAUUUCUUAUAUGUACAUUUUAGCUUGUGAAUAGCGUUGUGAUGUGCGAUCUUCGUUGAAUAAAUGUUUCAUCAUUUUA